AUGAUCAGCAGCUUCGGCGUCCCACAAAACGAUGUCGCUAAAUGGGCCGGUUACACAUCUGCGGUCUUCUCUCUUUCCCAGAGCGUGACCGCCGUGGCGUGGGGCAGAGCCUCCGAUCGGAUCGGAAGGAAACCGACCAUCAUUAUCGGUCUGAUUUCGACAAUGGUGUUCUUCGUUGUCUGGGGCAUGUCCACUAGCCUGCCGAUGGCGAUCAUCGUGCGAGCCAUCCUAGGCAGCGGAAACGGAAAUGUUGGAAUUAUUAGAACCAUGGUUGCGGAAAUGGUCCCCGAGAAGGAAUUGCAACCUCGAGCGUUCUCUAUCAUGCCCCUGAUCUGGUCCGUUGGCUCCAUCUUCGGCCCGGCCUUUGGCGGUUUCUUCGCCAACCCCGCCCGUCGUUUCCCGGCGUUGUUUGGAGACAGCUGGUUCUUCAACGCUUACCCGUUUGCUCUGCCGAACCUCAUCGCCGCCGUCUUCUUCCUCAUCUCUGUCACCACCGCCACUCUCUUCCUGAAGGAAACACUCGAGAGCAAGCGCCAUAAGCCCGACUGGGGCCUUCUCCUUGGCGAGCGUCUCACCCGCCCGUUUCGCCGCUCUUGUCCUACUCGUCGUCACCACGCCCACGUCAGGCGCACCUCUUUCGUCGACGGCGAGGCUACGGCGCCGUUGGUGCCUACCAUGUUGAACUCCCAUACCCAGCAGCCCGAGGACAACAAGCAGUCGACAGAGGCGCCGAGCAUGAAGGAGGUUUUCACCGCGCAGACGAGCAUCAACCUGCUCUGCUACACCUUCCUCGCCCUGCACUCGGUAGCCUUUGACCAGAUCCUCCCGGUCUUCCUCAACUACCCCAAACAAGUCCACACUCCCGAGAACACCCACUUGCCUUUCCAGUUCUCCGGCGGCUUCGGCCUCAGCUCGGACCGUAUCGGCACCAUCUUCACCAUCUACGGCAUCACCUGCGGUGUGAUCCAGUUCUUCGUCUUCCCUCCUCUCUGCAACUACUUUGGUGUCCUGCGCUGUUUCCGCGCUUGUGCCGUUACCUUCCCCGUCGUCUACAUCCUCACACCCUACGUGGUUCUCUUUGAAAGCAACACCGGCCGCUACGCCGCCCUCAUGAUCGUCAUGUUCGUCAAGGCCUUCGCCGUUAUCAUCGGCUUCCCCUGCAUGACGAUCCUGCUCACCAACUCGGCCUCGUCGCUGCGGAUCCUCGGCACCCUCAACGGCUUCGCCACCAUGUUCAGCGGCUUCGGCCGCGCCUUCGGGCCCGCGGCCGCCGGCGCCGCCUUCAGUUGGGGCGUUGCUCGGGGCUACGUCAUCGUCGCGUACUGGUUCCUCGCGCUCACGGCGCUGCUUGGCGCCAUUCCCAUCUACAUGCUCUUCGACUACGACGCCCUGACGCAGACGCCCGACGCGAGCGACGACGAGGACGAGAGCGUGAGUGACGAAGGCUACGUUAGCGAGGGCAGUGUCGUUGCGUCUGGCAGCGGCCAGGGCGCUUCGACGGAGACGGCGCCUUUGCUAGGUGCGAAGAACGGGCCGGCGGGAUACGAAGCCGUCAACCCUGCGCGGUCAUGA